AUGCUGUCUACUCUCGCACGAGCGCCCCUUCGCCGGGCUGCCGCCGUCUCCCUUCCUCUCCGCCCGCUGACCGCCCGCGUCGAGGCGCGCGCGCCGAUUGCCGUCUCCGCCGCCACCGGGCCCGCUCUCCGCACGCAGCCCUUCAGCUCCACCAGCUGGGCUGGCGAGGCUGCCAAGAGCAAGGCUACCAAGAAGAAGACUGUCAAGAAGACGACCAAGAAGGCGGCGGCAGCGAAGCCCAAGCCCAAGCCGAAGAAGAAGAAGGAGCUGACGCCCGAGGAGAAGGCUAAGAAGGAGGUUAAGGAACUUAGGGCUAAGGCGCUCCUCACUGAGCCCAAGAAGCUGCCCGACUCCAAGUGGCUCGUCUACAUAACGCAAGAGCUCAAGGGCACCUUUGUCGGAGGGGACCUUCCCGGGAAGACGGCGGCAGUAAGCCAGGCUUUCAAGGCGCUCUCCACGUUUGAACUCGAGCGCCUUCAGGAGAAGGCCGAUGCCAACCGAUUGGCAAAUGUGGAUGCCUACAAGGCCUGGGUUGAGAGCCACACGGCCCAGCAGAUCCACGAGGCCAACCUUGCCCGCGCGCGCCUCAACCGCAAGCACGACAAGUCGCACCGCAAGAUUUCGGACGACCGCCAGCCCAAGAGACCCUCGACGGCCUACUCGCUCUACGUCAAGGCUCGAUGGGCGAGUGGGGAGGUGAGCGCCGUGUCUGCAGCGGAGGCAUCUAAGGGUCUGGCGGCCGAGUGGAAGGGGCUUUCGGAGUCUGAGAAGCAGGUCUACCACGACCAGGCGGCGACUGAGGCGGCUCGGUAUGCGAGGGAGAAGGCGUCCUUUGAUGCGCAAUCGGCCUAG